UAUAUAACAGGUAACCAACAACACCUGAGUCAUUGAGUGAAGAUGUUCCCCAUAGUAAUCACACUCCUGCUGUCUGCCGCUGUCUCAGCGGACGUCAACAUCAGCAGCGUUAUCACCGCCCCCAGGACACUACUGGUGGGUGAGGCGCUGUACCUCUUCUGUCAGGUGGACGGCAACUACAACACCUGUGGCUGGGAGUCCCCCCUGAACCACACUAUCUACCCUGAUGAGCUGGAUCCUGACGCAGACGACAUCGUGCCCUUCCCGGGGUUCAACUGUGGCAUCAUUGUGCUGAGGGUGAAGGAGGAACAUGAGGGACACUGGGCCUGCGUCGCCACUACUGACGAAGGCUUCGAGUAUAAGGGCGGAGAUAUUUUUGUCAGACCUGUGGCAUCCUGGCCUGGGGUGAUAGCCAACGUGUCCUCGCCCCUGUUCGGGAAGUGGGGAGUGUGGGGAGAGGCCCAGCUUUGUCCCCCCAACUCCUUCGCUGACUCGAUCACACUGAAGUCUGAGGCGCCAACCACAGGGGACAACACUGCCGCUAAUGGGCUCAUUCUGCCGUGCCGUCAACAGGGGGGAGAACUCCGAACCUCCAUCAGUAGUACAGUUGGGGAUUUCGGCACCUGGAGAGAACCUGUGACGUGCCCGAUCCCAGAGUACAUUCAUAAGUUCCAACUGAGGGUUGAGACAGAGAACGCCUUCGACGACACCGCGGUCAACGAUAUCAAGGUCACCUGUACACAUUACCCGGAGGAUGUGCUGGACGGCGGGGGCGAGACCUGGGGUGUGUGGGGGGACUGGGCCUCUUGUCCCGACGACAGUGCCGUCUGUGGCAUCCAGACCAAGGUUGAGCCUUACCUGGGGGUGGUCGACGACGACACCGCCCUCAACGACGUCCGCCUCUUCUGCUGCAACACCGUCUGGUAGCUUCCUGCUAGGUCCUAUUCCUAAUAGGCCAGUUUUUAUGGGUCCCAAUCUUCGUGGUCUUUUAAGAUACUGAAGCCCACGUAUCUGCCACCGUCUGCAUCAUUGAAAUAAAAUCUUUACUAAUAA